AUGUUCAAUACUGUGAGCGAUUUCAAGGAUUUAUCGAAGUCCAAUCCAGUUGUAUGCUUCAAGGGAGAGUGCUCUUGGGCCUCUCCAUUUUAUAUAAGAGUUUCCGUCAAACGGCAGGACUCUGCAUCUUCCAAUGUUGCAGAUACCAUAGACGCCCUCGGUCAGCACCCUGCAUCUCCAUCGCAACCACCCACGACUGAUGCACCAGCCACUAGUCCAGAUGAAUCACUCGACAAACUCAGAAUAUGGCUCAACAACUGCACCAAUGAUCACAAAUAUUGCUUACAGUCCAUCAAUCCUGUCUUCUUUCCAACACGAGUCAUCGAUACGCAAAACAUCGAAAAUGGGAUUAUUAGUUUACGAGAAAAAACCCAUAUAUGUACUGAGAAAAACUUCCCACCAUACUGGACGCUAUCUCACCGAUGGGGUGACCCAGCAAAGGUCCUUCAGUUGUGUAAGGGCAACACGAAAACAGGCACAGUCAGUAACGAAGAGCAUUUCCGAAAUGGCAUCGGUCUUGACGAAAUAUCACCGACAUUUAGAGACGCAGUUCAACUUGUCCAUAAAAUGGGAUAUCGGUAUAUCUGGAUAGAUUCGCUGUGUAUUUUUCAAGAUUCGCCAUCGGACUGGGAGGUAGAGGCCGCACUGAUGAAUGAUGUCUAUGGAAACUCGUUCUGCAACAUCUCUGCUAUCAGAUCCUCUUAUGACGCUUCACUCGGUCUCUUUGGACCUCGGAUAGUCGACCCAAGGACGUUCCAGCCAUUCUCAGUAGAUGCCGAAUUUCCAGUUGAUGGAAACCGACGUCGUGAAAAAUGCCGAAUCUCAUACAACAGUCUAUUUACCAACGAUGUUAACAACUCACCUCUAAGCAGUCGAGGCUGGGUUGUACAGGAGAGAUUCCUCGCUCGAAGAAUCAUUCACUUUACCCGGACUCAAUUGUAUUGGGAAUGCUUAGAGUUUACGAGAUGCGAAGAAGACCCAGAAAAUGAGCGCGGCUUAAUGGAGACGAACGACCAAACAAAAGAAUAUCGAGAGAUGAGAGAAUACAAAGCUACUCUCCGAAAGAUUAUCCGGGAAGUCGACUUCAAAGAAUUCGGUGCUAGCCGUGAAGGGGGUACUCCAUUCAGAAUUCCGUGGCCUACGCCCCGAGAGUGCUGGAGACUCAUGGUACAAACAUACAGUGGCUGUGAUCUCACCCAAAGGGGCGAUAUUCUCAUCGCUAUCCUUGGUGUGGCAAAGAGGUUCGAGGAGUUUUACCCCAAUGACAAGUACAUGGUCGGAUUGUGGAAAGAAGCGCUUCACACAGAUCUUACAUGGGAAUCCAACGCAUUUGAAGGCGCUCCCGUCAAACGCGAUACAAGCCUCGCACCAUCCUGGAGUUGGGCAUCCUUAAUUGGUGGCAGGAUCACAGUACAAGCAGCACGUCAAGUAUAUGGCGGAGAGGCGGCUUCGUCUAUCGAGUUCGUCGAGGCCAGGGCCGAUCCAGGACACAAUGACAAGAUAUUGGAGAUUGACAUCAAAGCGACGUUGUACUUCUUUCAAAGGCGAGAAAGCACCGAGGAAUAUGACUUUUUCGCUGUUGAGUCCAUGUCACGCCAUGCUUUCGGUGGGAACGUGGAUAUCAAAUUCGACACGGGAGAAAUUAUAAUGCAACAUAAGCAGAACGGCUACAAAGGGAUAUGUAUUUCUGCUCAUUCUGGAUACCAAGGACAGGGUAGGUUUCACGCUGUCUUUCUUAUCAUUGAACAUGUUUCGGGAUCUAUGUACAGACGCAUCGGCAAGCUUUCUAGAAGUGGCACUGGAUGGUCGACCGGGAAUGAUAAGGUUCUCAUUACAUUAGUUUGA